AUGGAUAAGUUGAUUAAAAGUAUUGUGACAAUAUUUCAGGAUACUCGAGGUUUAAUUAAGAACCAACUAAAUAAUCAAUAUAUAAUUUGGUUUCUAAAAUAUGAUCCACAACCAAUACUAUUGUUAAUACUAGAUCAUGCAUUGAAUUAUGUUCAAAAAUUGAGUGUUUAUGAUCGUAAACAGAUAUUAUUAUCACAAAGUGAAAAUGAGAAUAAAUUGUUACAAAAAGCAUUUUCCAUUAUCGAAUGUAUAUCGACAAUGCUCUAUUAUUGUCCAGAAUAUUUUGAUCAAUUUAAUGGCAUUGUUCUUCGAACAAUUUAUCUUCUUCCAAGCUUAUGCAAAUUAGAAAUUGUAUCAGCUCAAGUAAUUAAAAGUAUUAUCAAAAUGAUGAGCAAUGCAAAAGAUUUAACCCUAUUAUUUAUCAAUUCUGACAUAUUUCCAUCAUUUAUUGAUUCAUCGGCAAAUAAUCAUAUUGGUCCAUCAUUACAAAUCUCCGAAAUUGAUAGUAGCUAUUGGGGUAGAAUCGAACAAUUAUGUAUGGAUAACAGUUCUGAUGAAUGGAUUCAAGUAUUAGUUACAUUAGUAGAAUUUAUAAAGAAUACAAUGAAUAUUAGUUUUCAACAUGAACGUUUUCGUGCUACCCUUCUUCAUAUAUUAUUUCAUAUAUUUCCGAAAUCUGUGACAACAAAAAAAAUGAUUGAUGUUCAAGAUAUGUGUUUAAAAUUAAUUUGGUCAUUAAUUCUUAAAACAAUGUCAUCAUUACUAUCAUCAUCAUCAUUAUCAACAACAACAACAACAGCAACAACACUAAACGAUCAAUCCAAUCCGAUAAAUGAUCUAAAAAAAUUUGUUUAUCAUUGGCUUCUUCAUCCGACUGUUAUUGAAACAAUCAUUGACUGUAUUGUAUCGGGUAGUGAUGGAAUUGAACGUGAUGAUCUAUCCGAUCAAAAUCGAGUAGUCACUCAAUCUUGUUUGUAUAAUUCUAUGGCUAUUGUAUCAUCAUUAAUUAAUUAUCUUGUUUCAACAAAAUCAACAACAAAUGAUAAUAAAUUUUCAUCAAAACAAUUAAUACGUGUUUGUGUUAAUUAUUCGUUACAACGAAUUAAUGAUACAAAAUCGCCCAUUUGUCUACGAUGUUUAACAAGUAUAUGUCAAAUCACACCCGGUUUAUACGUUUUACUUGAUGAUAAAGUUCAACGUUUUCGUACUUUUAUUAUUCAAAAUAUUCAAGAUCGAAAAUAUCCAAAUUUGGUUAUGUCAAUACUCGAUUUUCUAAUUGAAUGUGUUGUCUCUCAGCCAGCGUUAACCGGUUAUCUAUGUGAUAUAAAUGCAGCUGUACCAUCAACAACUACAAUAACAACAGCAAACAGUACAUUUGGCAAUGCUAGUAUUCUAAAACCAAUUAUCGAUUUACUUCGAUGGAGUACAAAAAAUCCAAAUGAUGUAGCCUCUAAUGAUUUUUUUAUUUUAACAUUAUCAUUUAUAUCAAAACUAUGGGAACAACGAAAUCAAAUGCUAGUCGAAUAUUUUCUUAAAACUACCGAUUUUUGGAAUGAUGUUGGUGCACCUGUUUCAAAUUUAUCAAUUCAAAUUGAAUUAAUGGAUGAAGGUGAUAAAAGAGCUGUUUCAGCAUCAUUUCGAUUAUUAACACAACAUCUUCUCAAUUAUACAACGGAACAGACAAAUCGUGAUUUUUAUGAUAUGUUAAAUAAAUUAUUAAAAGAAAAUUAUCUAUUACAUUGGCUAAAGGCUAGUCAUACAUUUUUUCAACAUGAUAUUUCUGAUGGUUGUCUAAAUGAAAAAUGUUUAUCAUUCACAUUUUUUAAUUCAAUAAUGUAUUUUGCUAAAACACUUUUAUGUUUAAAUGAUGAAAAUAUUCAAUUACCAUUGCCUGGUCGUGAAAAAGUGUUAAAUGAAUUGUAUGCUAUAAUUAAAAGUACUUUGUUACGUAGUGAUUCAACAUGUAUGAAAAUAGCAGUUAUUUGUCUAAAUUUUUCAUUAAAUUCGAUAUUAAAAUGGAAAUCUACACAAUUGCAAAUAAAUGAAAUUAUUUAUAAUUAUUUUGAUUUAUGUGACGAUGUACUUGUUCCAGAAUAUGUUUCAAUUUAUGUGAAAUAUUGUUAUUUGAAUGUGUUAGUUUUAGUACUUAAUUCAUAUUUUGAAACGACAGAAGAUCAGCUUGCACCAAUUCGAAUCAAUACAAUAUUAGUACAUUUAUUCAGUUUUAUUGACUAUUGUGAUGAAUGUGUUCAUAAUUCACCAGAAAAUGUACCACAAUAUAAAUGUGCUGCCAAAGCUUUAAUUCACACAUUUCAAUUAUUAACUAUUCUCAUAUCCAAAUUAUCAGUUCAAGUGUGGUAUUCUCAAUUGAAAUGUGAACGUACAUGUACAAAUAUAAUUGGAAUAUUUGAAAAACUAGCACAAGAACGUGAUAAUGUUAGUGUAUUGUAUUCAAUUCUUAGUUUAUUUUAUCUCUUAACUGAAAAAUUGGAAGGAAGAAAUUGGUUUUAUAUGACGAAUAUAAUACAGCGGACAAUUCCAACAUUUAAAACAAUAUUACAACAUUCAAAUUAUGAAGAAAUUGAUACAACUGAAACAAGUUGGACAAAAGUCAUUCGUCUUUAUCUACUCAUUAAUGUUCGUCUUGUACAGUCAGAUAAAAAUCAGGCCGAAAAACAUUUUUACAAUGUAACUGAUGUAUUUAUAACAUGUUCAGAAUAUAUUGUCGAUAGUUUGCAUUCUGUAACCAAUAAUUUUUCAAUUAGUGCAUUGGAAAAUGCUGAUGUAUGUUGUCAAUUUUUUUCAUCUCUUUCUCAUCAUCACAAUUCAUUAAUGACAAAAUGCUAUAAAGAAACAUCUACAUGUAUUGCAGCAAUAAAUUAUCUACUUCAAGACUGUAUUAAUCUUUUACUCCAUUCAGCUGUUAUGCACAAUAUGAUAUCGAAAAAAAUUCGUUUUGCUUAUCGUGUCGAAGGCGAUAAUCAAGAAAAUAUUGGUCCAAUAUCUUUAGAUAAUUCAACUAGACAUAUUGAUCAUCAAGAAUUACCAUCACAGCACUUGCGUUCAUCGUUAAAACCAUCAUCUAGUAUUCUAAAUCAAACAACAACAAAUAUAACGCCACCAGUAAGCGUCGCUCCUCCAUCGAAUGAAAUUGGAGGAAAUAGUACACCAAAACCUCGUCUUGUUAAUGUUCGACAACAAGUUGCUGCUGCACAACCUACUGAUUUACGUUCGCCAGAAUUUGAACGAGCUCAAAUUGGUCUUUUGAGACUGCUGUGUAAUUGUUGCAUGGCAUUACGUCCAUGUACGCUCCAAUUAAACGAAUUAAACGAAGCAUUAUUGUACAAUGAAUUGAUUGAUUAUGAUUCAUAUAAAAAGUUAGUUGAACCGUGGUUUAAUCAGCCAACAUUAGAACGACGAACAGCGCCGUCAUUUGGAACAUGGUUGACAGGUGCACAAUACAUUGUCACACAAAUGGAAAGAUUGAGUCUUAUUAAAGUUACAUCACCAAGACCUACACGUGUUAAAGAAACAGAUAUCGAUCAUUUAAUUCGACAAAGGCCAUUUUUAGUCCUUGCACUUGAACAUUUAUUGAGUUUGAUAUUAUCACAAGUACCAUUAUAUAUGCGUUCAUCAAUGUUAUCUGAGACGCAGAAGAAUAUGAUGAAACAAACACUUUCAUUAGAAUUAGAUUAUAUAUUUUCAAAUUUAAAUUUAACCGAACGUCAAUCGAGUACAAGUGUAAGUAGUGAUAGUAAUCGUACAUCUGUAAAUGUAAACACACAGAUGCCAAUGACAACAGCAGCCAGUAGUCAUAAAUCACUUAUGACAUUAUCAAAUUAUUCCUAUUAUAAUUCACCAAAAUCUGUUUAUACCUUGUCUGUUGGUAGUACAUGUGAAACAGCUAUUAAUGAAUACAAUAGUGCAAAACAUUUAAAAGAUUUAUGCACAUCAAUAUGGAAAUUAAUUAUUUUUAUUAUAAUGUCAGCGUUUGCCAUAUAUCAAAAACAAAAACCAACUGAAAAUGGUACAUUAAAUAUGUCAUUGCAAUCUGAAAUACAAAGUAAUGAGAGUGGUCGAUCAGGAAAACGAAAACGUUCUCAAAAAUCGUCCACUGCUGUUCCUAAUAAUAGCAAUAAAGAUGACAGUAGUAACAACAAGCGUUCAAUGAAGAAAAAGAAAAAGAAACAAAAACAAAAUGCUCAACAAAAUCGAUUGAUUCAUGGAAAAAAUGAUGAAAAACAAAAAAAUAAUUUAAAUCGUUUACCAGUAGUAACACAACCACAAACAGUACAAGCAUCGCCAUCAAAUUUGGAUAAACCUAUAAGAUCUAUUUUGAAACCAAGUCGUAUUAUUAUACCAGCAUCAAAAAAACAGACAAUCAAUUUGAACGGUGACGUAGACACUAUCAGCGAUGAGAAAGAAACAGAAGAUGAGUCAGAUGAUAAUGAAAAGGAUGAACAAGGAUCAAAACAAGAAGUAUUUAAACCGUGGCUUAAUGAUCGUGUACCAAUUGACGAUAGUUUCUUGAUGGGUCAGCAUUUGUUUAGCUUGAUCAUUUCACCUAUUCCAUUAAAACAAUUUUUUAAACGUACCUGGCAAAAAUCAUCUUUAUUAGUUCGACGACAUAACAAAUCCCACUAUAAUGGUCUAUUCUCAACAGAAAUGUUCGAUCGAAUUUUACGUGAAAAUGUAUUGGAAUAUGGUGAUAAUAUUGAUAUAACAUUUUAUAAUCCAACAACAAAUAAAAAAGAAUUACAUAAUUCAAUUGGUCGAGUGUAUGCAGCCAAAGCAUGGGAUUUCUAUAAUCAAAAUUGUUCCAUUCGUCUGUUAAAUCCACAAACAUAUUCCGAUGAAGUAUGGAAAUUAUUAUCGUGUUUACAAGAAUAUUUUUGUUCAUUGGUUGGUGCAAAUGUUUAUUUAACACCGCCAGGAUCUGCGGGUUUUGCUCCACAUUACGAUGAUAUCGACGCAUUUAUUUUGCAAUUAGAAGGCAAGAAACAUUGGAAAGUGUAUGCACCUCUUUCUCCCGAUGAAGUAUUACCUCUUCACUCGAGUGGUGAUCUUGACAAAACAAUGUUAUUAAAUGUUGAUCCAGUUGUCGAUACUGUAUUAGAAAAAGGUGAUUUAUUAUAUAUGCCACGAGGUUUUAUCCAUCAAGCAAAUACUUUGGAUGAUAUGCAUUCAUUACAUCUUACAGUCAGUUGUUAUCAAAAGAAUACGUGGGGAGAUUAUUUGAAAAUAUUAUUAUCAAAAGCUGUCGAUCAAGCUAUGGCGACCGAUGUUGAGUUUCGUCAAGGUUUACCAAUGGGUUAUUUAAAUCAUUUUGGUUUUAUACAACAACAAAAAUCGAAUAAAAAACGUGAAAACUUUCAUAUGAAUUGCCAAAAUUUAUUGAAAAAAUUAAAUCAAGAUUAUAUACCGUCUAACUAUGAUCAUGCCAGUGAUGAAAUGGCUAAAAAUUUUAUUCAAGAUGCAUUACCGCCUGUUUUGAAUCUCGAAGAAAAAUUCACAACAAUUCAUGAACAAGGAGAACAAUGGAAUCCAAAAAAUUUACAAGUAUCACAUAUUGUCGAAAUUUCACCCGAUACCUGUAUUCGAAUUAUUCGACGACAUUGUAUUAGAAUAGUAAAUAAUCAUUAUGCUAAUCAUGUUGAUAUCGAUAAAACAUUGGAACAUAUUGUUGAGCAAACAGACUUAACACCAAUUAAAGCGAAGAAAGUUGAUGAAAAUGAUGAUAGUUCAAUAAUUGCCUACUAUAAUCUGGAGAAUGCUCGCAGUUAUCAUGAUCGAGCACCUAGUACUUUGGAUGUGGAGGGUGAUGUUAUCGAAGCAUUAAAAGUACUUAUACGAGCGUAUCCCAAUUAUGUUAGUGUCGAUGAAUUGCCAUUAGCAUCAAUGGAAGAUAAACAAGCUUUUGUAACAUCGUUGUAUGAACGAUCGAUUGUACGAACACUAGAACCCUUAGAACCUAUGGAUGAUGAUGAUGAUGAUACAGACGAGAGUGAUAUCGAAGAAAGUGACACAGAAGAACCAACAACAGAUACAGAUGAUGAUGAUUAUGACGAUGGUGAUGACGAUGAUGAUGUUGAUGAGCCGCUACAUUAUAAAUUGGGAAAAAAUUUAAAAAAAUUUAAAAAAAUGAUAAACGACGAACCAGAAAUUGACACUGAAGACACAAAUAAAGAUGAAUGGAUCGAUGAAGAGGAUACAGAAUGA